AAAUGUCGGUGCCGGCGGGGGGCGGGGCUUCGGGUCCCGUUCAGAGAAAGUGCCACGACUCUGCAGCAGCAGGCUGACGGACUGAGAGGAGCUGGACCAGUCAGCAGAACUCUGGACCCACCGGAACACUGAAGACUGAAGGUCCGACACACUGCUGGGUUCUACUGAGACAAUAUCCAGACCAGAACCGAACAGACCAGACCAGAACAGAAGGUUUGAUAAGACCUGUGACACUCGGAUCAGUUAUGGAUGUGUCCGACCCGCAGACACUCGGCUUCCUGGUCUUUGGAGGCUUCAUGAUCGUCUCAGCUCUGGGCAUCGCCCUCGUCUCCACGCUCUCCAUGAAGGAGACGUCGUACGAGGAGGCGCUGGCCAAACAGCGCCGCCAGCUCGUCCAAACACAGACUCACAAAUCAGACAAGAAGAAGAAGUCCAAGGCCAAGAAGAAGGAGGACCGGCCCGAUGAGAAGCUCUCAGAUCCAGGCAGUGAUGGUGGUGAGGAGCCUGAGGUGGUGACCUGUACUGAACCAGAAUCUGACCCAGAACCUGUCCCUGAGCCUGAUGCUGCCCAUGAGCCCAAACCAAUGCCUGAACCAGAACCAGAACCAGAACCCACUGUAGUAGCCACCACAAUCAUGCCUGCUCCGGCCUCGUCACCUAAGGAGAAGAAGAAGAAGAAGUCAAUCAAGGCUGACCCGGCUGCAGUGGUGGAAGCUGCUGCUAGGGAGGUUCUGGUCACAGCCACGGUGCCGCUCGUUGAUGCUGCUCCCGUGAACUUUGACCCGGAAGUCAACAAAGAACCAACUGCUGCCAAAAGUGAAGAACCAAAAGAGUCAUUGAGCAAGAAGAAGAAGUCCAAGAAACCUGAGCCCGUGACCGACUCUGCCGGCUCUUCCCGCCUGCUGCCACGUGGCGAGCUGCUGUCCGCCGUGACCAACAUGGCACUCAGCGACAAUGAGAUUUUCAAACUCAUGGAGGUCCUGAACCAGAAGGCCGGGGUCCGCCACGGCUCCUGGCAGCUGGCGAGUCAGAGAGGAGAUCCGAUGUCAGUUCUGAAGAAACAGCUGGAGGAGAAAGAGAAGCUGCUGACCUCCGAGCAGGACGGCGCCACUACUGCCAAGAACCGUCUGCGAGAGCUCAGCAAGGAACUUGGGGCAGAGAAAUCUAAGAUGGCUUCUUUGGAGGCCCGUCUGAAGGCGGAGCAGAGUGCUCGAGUCCAGGAGGUCACCGGCCUGCAGACCAGAAUCCAGACUGCUGACCAGGAACACCUGAAACACACCCAGCAGCUGAACCAGAAGAUCGGGAGUCUGCAGGAGCAGCUGGAGAACGGUCCGAAUGCUCAGCUGGCCCGGCUGCAGCAGGAGAACUCUAUCCUCAGAGAUGCCCUGAACCAGGCGACCAGCCAGGCUGAGAGCAGGCAAAAUGCGGAGCUGGCCCGCCUCAGGCAGGACUGUGUCCGUCUGGGUCGGGAGCUGACCGAGCGUACUGACGCUCUGCGGACCGACGAGGAGUGCAGGAAGAGUCUGGAGGCCAAGAUGACCGCCAUUGAGCAAGAACUGACCCAAGCCCAGCUGGUCCACAGGGACACUGAGCGGGUUCUGCAGCAGCGACUGGAGGAAGUGUGCUCGGACCUGAAAGUCUCGCAGCAGGAAGCUGCUGCUGUUAGCGAGCUGCAGGGGGCACUGGUGUCCAGAGAGGCGGAGCUACAGGAGCUCAAGGCCCAACUGGAGAACCGGGCUGCAGUCCAGAUGGACGAGUCGUCUGACGUGCAGCAGCUGAAGAGCCGUGUACAGAGCAGAGACGAGCAGGUCGUUGCUCUGGAGGCGGAGCUUUCUCAGCUGAGGGAGGAGCUACAGCUGCUGACAUCAUCACAGAGAGCGACGGAAGGCGACGCAGCAGCCAGAGAUCAGAUGAACAAAGACGGAUCAGGAAGUGAGACAGAGUCCGAGCAGCCAUUUGAAAGUCUGGAGGAAGACUCUCAGCUGCUGCGUCUGGAGGAAGAAGUCCAGCAGCUCAGAGAGGAGCUCCAACAGGCCCGUCACCACGGCACCGAGCUGCAAGAGAAAAUAGCAUUGUCAGCAGCAGCGUCUUCAACUGCAGAGCGUCUAAGCGACCAGAGAGAGGCGGAGCUCCAAGCAGCGCUGACUGAAGCUCAGUCCAGGAUUGCCUCCCUGCGUUCGGACUUCCAGGCAUCACUGCAGAUUCUGUUUCCUGGCGUCCAUGUGGAUGUGGACCAGAGUGACUGGCUGCAGCUUCUCACUCGGACAGCUGAGGAGAGCAGAAGUGAAGCAGAGCGUUCUCUCUCCGAGGUGCAGUUGAGGCUGAUGGAGGCUCAGAUGAAACAGACAGAACUGCAAACGGAGUUCGAUCAGAAAGUGAAGCUGCUGCAGGAAACAGAGGCGGAGCUUCAGGCUCUGCAGCGGCGCUCUGAAGAAGAAGAAAACGAGUGGAAGAAGAAACUGUGUGAAGCUGAGCAGCAGAAACAAACAGUCCUGGAUCAGCUGCAGCUGCUGGAGGACCAAGCUCAGACAGACAAGACGGACACAGACAGCACUCAGCAGCUGAAGGAGCAGCUGAUGCUGCUGGAGGCUCAGCUGGAGAAACAGCUGGAGGAGGCCACAUUCAGUCAGAGCUGCAGCGAGGAGCUCGCUCAGGUCCGACAUCACAUCUAUCACACCCAACACACAAAUAACCACAAGUGUAACGAUUGAUCCUAAAUUAUCUGAGUUGUUAGUAAACUGUCCAAAUAUAAAUCACGUGUCAGACCGUCCAGAACCAGAACUCACUGCACAA